AUGUAUUCCUAUCACCUUCCGCAGUACUUAUCAGCAGGGUCGACAGAUCCGAUGUGGCUGAAUCAACAAGUGAUUUGGAAUAACGAACAGUAUGGAUACCCCCAGAAUCCCUUCCUAAAUGCACAUCAAUAUGCAGCAUCUCACAAUCAGCAUGGGAACCAAUAUGGACCAGCCCAAGUAUUCCAGGGAGCACAACUGCCGCCUCAACCUCAAACGGUUUUGAACAGUCCGGACAAGAUCAGAGUAACAUUGCAAGAUGAAAAAGAGUGGAAGGAGCUGCAUGAGUUGGGAAACGAGAUGCUAGUUCUAUCAGUCGGAAGAAUUCUCUUCCCACAACUCAACUACCUGGUCACUGGUCUCAAUAUACACGAAAACUACACAUUUGGCCUAAAACUCAAGCGACUCAACACGAAUAUUUUGAAACGCGUUGAGGGGGGUUGGGAAGAAAGAAAAAUGAAGGUGAAGGCGUCUUGGGAGAGCAAUGAGAUAUUUUCGGAUACUUGUCAAGGAUCCGUCUGGAUGAAGGAUGGAGUAUUUUUCAAGACAGCGAAAAUCUAUUCUGAGAAGAAAAGAACCAGAAUAGUGACAGAGACUGAGGAGAAAAGACAGGAAGGACUUCUUAUCAACACCCGCUGCCGCUAUAUUCCAGUCCUGAGUAUCUAUUCCCAGAAAUCUGAAAUUGCCUCUAUGCAGUUCCUCAAAUCAUUCGAAUUCGAGGAAACACAGUUUGUUGCAGUAACUUGUGUGAAGAACACCGCUGUGGUAAACUGGAAAACAGCAAAAAACAAAUUUGCUAGAGUUGAUUUUAAGGAGAAUUUAAUGAAGAAGAAUAGUAAGCGGGAUUCUAAGGAAUCAGAAGGCGAUUCUGGAAUCUUAUCGGCGAACAACACAAUGGCAUCGUCACGGGAUUCAGAAAUAGUUGCAAAGAGAAGGCAGGAGGAUUCGGAGUGUUAUCAGACUACCAUAUUCACAAUGGGCGCUUCUCAAAGUAUUGGCAACUCUAAUCUGGAAUCAUUGUUGGCUCAUGGACCCUCAACCACCACAGUCGCACAUUAUGCUCCGAGUUUUUCGAAUUACAACGUGACUCCCGGUGUUCCUACUUUUGCUUUUCCCACAUCAAAAAUGAGCAACGGAGCACCUCAGUUCUCGAUGAAUGAUUGUAGACCACUUGAUCAAGCAUCCAUGGCUACCAAUAAUUUGCUCAUUCCAUGUCAAUCGCAACCAAUUUCACACAGAGCCGUCCACCACAAUAUGGAACAAGUGGGACACCAAGGAAUCCUCACUCGGCCUACUGGACCAUCCAACAAUUCAUCGUGGGAUAAUAAUAAUGUGACUCUCGAUUUCACUCAAAACUCCAACUACCAAUUUUGA